UUGAAAGAACUGUCAGUUGAUCAAGUCUAUAAUUGAAACGUAACUUGGGUAGAUAGCAUUGAUUCGUCUUAUUCAAUGUUUGUAAGAAAAUAAAAAUAGUGCAGUAUUUUAUGCACCAAACGAGGCGGGUGAGAGUGGUCUCUCGGUUAUCUGAAUACUGUUGUGUGAACUCUGAUUUUCGUCAAUUUUACAAAGGGGGCGGAUGGCUACGAUCUGUAUCUGAUAAAUUAUUUCAGUAGUCAGCACCAUGGCAAUGUCAAAGGGUUUUAAAGUUUUAGAAAAGUCUGCUCCGCCGAAUCCCUACAGUAUAAUAUUACAACAUCGGAAUAAAGAUACGUCUCUGUUGUUUGAGUCUCAAGCUGUAGUAUCGUUAUCAUCGCAAGAAACAGAUACACUUAAAAAACAGUAUCAUAAGAUAGCUGACGCGUACGGAUGUUUAGGCGUACUGCAGUUGAAUUCUGGUGAAAGCUGUCUACUGUACCUUGUGUUGGUUACGGGCUGUUGCUCCGUCGGUAAAGUUGGUGACAUUGAAGUCUUCAAAAUCACUCAGACUCAAUUUCUCCCACUAUUUCAUCAAUCGCAAGGCGAUGAUAAAGUUUUGGAGGUAAGGAAGCUUCUAAAUUCUGGUACAUUCUACUUUUCCUGGAAUUCAGGCAAAUCUACUGACAGUCUUUUUGAUCUCACUCUAUGUUCUCAAAGAAAAAGUAAAAGUGCUAAUUCUGAUAACAGGUUCUUCUGGAAUAGAACAUUAUUCAUUCAUUUAAUAAGGUAUGGAAUUAACUGUGAUGAAUGGCUUACUAGGGCCAUGUGUGGCUCAGUUGAAAUUCGUACAAUAUAUGUUGGUCACCGUCAAGCGAGAGCCGUACUUGUGUCUAGACUUAGUUGUGAGAGGGCAGGAACAAGGUUUAAUGUAAGAGGCUGUAAUGACGACGGUAAUGUAGCAAACUUUGUGGAAACAGAACAAGCAAUAUAUAUUGAUGAUUCUGUAGCAUCUUAUAUACAAACAAGAGGCUCAGUACCCUUAUUCUGGGAGCAACCUGGAAUACAAGUGGGAUCACAUAAGGUAAAGAUGUCCCGAGGAUAUGAUGCAUCUACCAGUGCUUGUGAUAGACAUUUUUCACAGUUAAAACGCAAUUAUGGGACUGUUAUUGUAGUUAAUCUUCUCGGAUCAAGUAUGAUUGGUGGCAGUGAAGGUGAAGCUACUCUCAGUAAUGCUUUUCAAAAACAUCUCAGUGACUCUGCACAUUCUGAUGUUACACAACUUAUUUUUGACUACCAUCAAGAAGUGAGGGCAGCAAAUGCAGAAACAGCAUUAUCAAAAUUUAAGAAAAAUGUAGAAUGUUAUUAUGAUGAAAUUGGCAUUUUUAGUGCUAAAGGAGAAGAUAUAUAUAACAUUCAAAAGGGGGUUAUUCGAACUAACUGUUUAGAUUGUUUGGACAGGACUAACUCUAUACAAACAUUCAUUGGUUUAGAAAUGUUGGCUAUUCAACUAAUGUUACUACAGUGUCUUGAUAAAAAACAAAAUGUAAACCGAUUUGAGGAAGUUUUUAAACAAAUGUGGGUAAAUAAUGGUAAUGAAAUAUCUAAAAUCUAUGCUGGAACUGGUGCUAUACAGGGAGGUUCAAAAUUAAUUGAUGGAGCCAGAUCUGCUGCUCGUACUAUUCAGAAUAAUUUACUAGACAACUCCAAACAGGAAGCCAUUGAUAUUUUAUUAUUAGGUUCAACUUUGAACUCUGAGCUUGCUGAUCGAACAAGAAUUUUGUUACCAUCUAAUAUAUUACAUACUUCUACUCCUGUACUUCGGGAAAUGUGUCGUAGAUCAAAUGAAUUUACUCAACCAUCAAGUAUACAAAUAACUAUUGGCACUUACAAUGUUAAUGGAGGAAAACACUUUAGAAGUCUGGCUUACAAGGAUGUGUCUUUAGCUGAUUGGUUACUAGAUUCACCUAAUUCUGCAUUGGUAAAUACUGUAAAAGAACACCCUUCAGAUAUUUAUGCUAUUGGUUUUGAAGAAAUAGUGGAUUUAAAUGCCAGUAACAUUAUGGCUGCCAGCAGUGAUAAUGCCAAGGCUUGGAGUGAAGAAUUGGAAAAGGUUUUAUGUAGAGAUGCCCCUUAUACCCUUUUAUCAAGUCAUCAAUUAGUUGGAGUUUGUCUUUUUGUGUUUGUAAGAAAAGACCUAAUUCCACAUAUAAGAGAUGUUGCAUUAGAUUCUGUAAAAACUGGACUAGGAGGUGCUACAGGUAAUAAAGGUGCAGUAGGAAUUCGUAUGGUUAUCUAUGGAACAUCAAUCUGCUUUGUAUGUGCUCAUUUUGCUGCUGGCCAAAGCCAAGUGUCAGAACGCAAUGCUGAUUAUACUGAAAUAACUAGAAAAAUAGCUUUUCCAAUGGGUAGAUCUCUCUAUUCUCAUGAUUAUGUAUUUUGGUGUGGAGAUUUUAAUUACCGUAUUGAUUUAGAUAAAGAUGAAGUUCGUUUACUUGUAUCACAAAAUAAUAUGGAGAGACUACUGGAGCAAGAUCAAUUAAUACAACAAAAGUCACAAGGUCAAGUUUUCAAAAAUUGUUUUGAGGGUAAAAUUGCAUUUCCUCCAACUUAUAAAUAUGAUCUUUUUAGUGAUGAUUAUGACACUAGUGAAAAAUGUAGAGCUCCAGCUUGGACAGAUCGUGUUUUAUGGCGAAGUAGGAAAUAUACAAUUGACCCAGAGAAUACUUCAGAGUUAGGAGCUGGAAAAUUGCUUCAUUAUGGGCGAGCAGAACUUAAACAAAGUGAUCACAGACCAGUGAUAGCUAUAUUAGAAGUUGAAGUAUUGCAAGUCAGCUAUACAAAGUGUAUGGAGGUAUUUUAUGAAGUAGUAAAAGAUCUGGGUCCUCCAGAUGCCAGUAUUAUUGUUCAACCUUUUGAGGACAUACACAGUGAAGAUUCUGUUUUUGAUGAUAAUGUCAUGGCAGCUGUUUUACAGGAAUUAGCAGUGAUUGGUGAAGUGACACUUGUACGAUACAUUGAUGACCACACACUGAGUAUAACAUUUAGAGAAGGACAAAAUGCCCUCGCUGCAGCACAAAAAGGUCAAAUAUCUGUUUGUGGAAUUCCUUUAAGUAUAACAUUAAAAUCUCCUAAUUGGGUUGAUAUAGUCCGAUCAGAAAUAAGUUUGUGUUCCAAUAAUACAGUACCAUUAUUUGGUGAAAUUCAAUCAGAUCGACCACUUAGAUCUGCGCCACCCACUCCUCGUCGACAGCAACCAAGUAGACCACCCGCACCGUCACCAACUCCGUUAGUUCCAUCGAGAGUACCACCUGUGAGCCCCGCACGACCCCCUCCCCCUCGUCCUGCGCCACUUCCACCAGAGUCAGGAAAAUCUAUUGACCAGCCUUCCGUAACAUCACCACCCGCCGAUAGCGUGCCACCCCCGUCGUGCGCCCCACCACCGCCUCCUCAGAGCAGUACUCCGCCACCUGCUGGUCCGCCACCUCCGGUUCCAGCUAGACAAGGUGCACCGCCGCCAUUGCCAGCGCGACCACGACCAGCCACGUAAUUUGUAUUUUUACUCUAUUUAUCUUUUCAUUAUUGUAGAUAAUUUUGCCUACAUGUAAUAUUAUUAAAUUAUUUAUGUUCCUAGUAUUCCUACAUGUAUAAACAUUUUUAUGCUUUCCUUUAUUGGAAUAAAUAUAAAUUACCAUAAUAGUAAAAUUAAUGAUGCAUAUAGGUAGAGUGCAAUGUAAUUGGUUUUAGUUGUUAUAAAUUUCACAUAGUGAAUUUCGUGACAUGUUAAUCUGAACAAAUAAUUUUAUAAUGCUGA